UCGCCUGUUCCGAUUUGCUGACUAAGGCACUUACCGUCCUCCAGUACCUCAUCGCAACUUCAAUGGACUAUCUCGAGCAAUUGCAUAUACUGUGGAUGGACGUUGAUGACCACCUAACACUUGAUGCAACGAUCGCCCAUUGCCUGCAGGCGUGCAGCGCAGACAAUAAGUCCACCCACUCACUACAUCUGGGUCACGGAUGAGCUCCUCUCACACACUAUCCGCCAUUUUUUUCGACAUCAAUGCGGCCAUCAAACGCGCCAUGGCAGCCAUGUUCCUGGGCCAUUGGAGGCAAGGCGAAGGUCAAUGAAACGGCGCAUGACUAUUCAAUCAAGUAUACCUCAGGGAGAUCCCAUAUUUUCUCUAUUCAACAUCGGUUCCCUCUUUGCCGCUCCGCGCCCGAAUCCCCACACAGAUUGGAGAUAUGAGCCACCCACAUUGCAGCCUCAAGAGCUGUCAAAGAAUGUUCAACCUCCCCUCGCCCCCGCACUUCCUCCCUUUCUCCAUGAUUCCGCAAUUCCCCUGGCAACCAGGCUUGCACCACAUCCCGACCCAUCAGACGCAGCGGAAAAGAUUCAUUUGCAGAUAUCUGCCACGCUAGCCAAGGAUACAUCCAACUCUGAACUUGGGUCAAGGGAAGAAUUCCAGACAGAAACAGCACACCCAUCGAGCCAAACUUUGUUGCCGGAAGAAGUGUCUGCGUCUCACCUUCCGGCUCUCGAAAUUGAGGGAACAGUCCAACAAUCCACAGCUUCUGCUCGAGAAGCCAGGUUACGUCAGAUUCGAACCUUGAUUCGUUCAGACUCAAUUGCAGACAAGAGACGCAAUAGGGACCGCCUGGCGGAACUAGAUCGCCUCACCCAGUUCCAGGCCUCGGAAGCAGACGAAGCAGUCAAGUUCACUCUCGAGGUGCUCGGGGAGCUUGUGAAGGCAAAAUGGAGUCCCGAAUCAAUCAUUUGGUGGCUAGCGCGGCCUUCUGUGCCUUUGCCGAGCCUGCGCAGCCCAAAAGGCCGCCAGCUACUUCGCAAACUCGAGUCGCUAGUGAACAGCUCUUUGAGACACUCAACAAAUGUUGGCAAUGUCUGUGCCAAAUUUGCAAACAGCCUAGACAAGAACGAACACCGACACACCGUAAAUCCAGACUCUCUGAAGUCUCUCUAUCGACUCCUCUGGGGCUUCAUGGGCACGACCUCUGCUCCAGAUGUACGAUUAAUGCAUUCAAUUGCUGAUCAAAUCGGCAAUUCCCAAUUACGCGAUGCUCUAUGCUUGAUUCUGGAGGAUCGAGAGCCAGCCCCCUCGGAUAUAACUCGUUUUCUACAGUCUCAUCGGGCCUCCCAAUCCAGUAUGGCCUUGGUCAUUCAAGUUUUCAAUUGUCUCCCUCGUCAUGUUCUACAUGAUUGGGUCUUGACACAGCCUGAGGAUGCAUUUGAUUCCCCCCCAAAAGCCAGGGGAUUCUCCGAGGCAUCCUGCCAUACUUUCGACGGCUGGAUGAGACUUCUUCAUUCGUUCGAUAACCACGCCACGGUUUCGUCUGACACGGAGCUCCUCACUAGCCUUGUAGAAGAUAGCACGGCCAUCUACAACAUAGAUCGAGAAGUUGUUUCCACAAUUCUCUAUGCAUUGAAAGCAAGACGCCAGUUCAAUCACAUUUUAGCUCGCGCGAAGGAAGCUCGUGUGCUGCCGCUGGCCGUCGACGACGAGCGUUUUGAGAGCUUGAUCACGGCUCGCAACUCCUUGAUCCACCAGAUCGCAUAUCAAUAUUCUCUUGAGACCACACGGAGCCGUCGUCAGAAUUGGCGAUCGAUCCAUUACUUGUAUGAGUAUCUCAAGGCCAACGAUCUGCCGAUGGGUCCCUUGUUCUCGAGAGCUGCCGUCAAGAUUUGCGUGAUACAACCUUUACUGGACAACAUGUGGGUGAGCUCCCACCGCUUCGCUUGGGUCCGCAAUAUCCUGGCCGAAGUCGAGGGUGAGGCUGUGGCGAGGCGGACAGAAGACAUCUUCUGGAGCUGGCGGGAGAGUCUUAUCAAGCAGUCUCAGCAGAGGUUGGUGGAGAAUGGGGGGUCUGGCCGAGCACAUGUAAGCACUAUGAAGAAGUUGAACCUAAUAUGAUCCUCACGGGUCCGUUAGAGCCUUCACUAGGUGUUGUAUAUAAUUGUAGACAGUUCCAU